GAACAAAACAUUACAUGCACAAAGAGAUAUAGUAGUGACCAUAGCAAGCAAAACAAGUACUAUACACCACACUUUCACUUUUUGUUUGUAUUUUUAACAUUUUGUCAUGGCUUCUCGCCAAAUACAACAAGAGCAACAACCAUGGCUUUUGGAGAAUGGUCAUCCAAAGGUCUUAACCAAGGAGUCUAGACAUGGACAUGGCCGGAGCCGAACCGCGCAUAACAUGUCGUCCUCUUCGUUGCGAAAGAAGUCCGACCGGACACUCGUGUCGAAGAUUCGAUGCGCUUCGGUUAGGAAUGUGGUCGCUAACCUCCAAGAGGUUAUUCUUGGGACCAAGCUUUCCAUUCUCUUUCCUGCCAUUCCUGCUGCUAUCGUAGCUCAUUAUCUUGGCUUAGGAAGAUCCUGGGUUUUCAUAUUGAGCUUACUUGGCCUCACUCCACUCGCUGAACGUGUGAGCUUUCUCACAGAACAAAUUGCCAUUUUCACUGGUCCAACAGUUGGAGGACUUCUUAAUGCAACAUGUGGGAAUGUUACUGAGCUUAUUAUUGCAAUAUUUGCUCUUACCACCAACAAAAUUGCUGUUGUGAAGUAUUCUCUCUUAGGUUCCGUGCUUUCGAAUCUUCUUCUUGUUCUCGGAACUUCUCUACUUUGCGGUGGAAUUGCGAAUAUUGGAGAGGAGCAGAAGUACGACAGAAGACAAGCGGAUGUGAACUCGUUGAUGUUGUUAUUGGCGUUGUUAUGCCAUUUGCUUCCGUUGCUAUUCACGUACAGCGCUGCUUCGGCUGAACUCACCGUAGAGCCUUCGCUGUAUUUGUCGAGAGCUUCUAGCAUUGUUAUGCUGGUUGCGUAUUUUGCUUACUUGAUCUUUCAAUUAUGGACGCAUAGGCAAUUAUUUGAAGCGGAAGAUGAAGGGGAAGGUGAGAACAAUGGAGCGGAAGAAGAGGCUGUGAUUGGAUUCUGGAGUGGAUUUGCUUGGUUGGCUGGAAUGACUGUGUUCAUUGCUUUGUUGUCUGAAUAUGUGGUGGAUACAAUUGAGGAUGCAUCAGAUUCAUGGGGUUUAUCUGUGAGCUUUCUCAGCAUAAUCUUGCUUCCGAUAGUUGGCAAUGCGGCUGAACAUGCGGGUGCAAUCAUUUUCGCUUUCAAGAACAAGCUGGACAUUUCCUUAGGUGUUGCAUUGGGCUCUUCCACUCAAAUUGCCAUGUUUGUGGUUCCACUCUGUGUUACUGUUUCUUGGGGAAUGGGUGUGAAUAUGGAUCUAAACUUCAACCUCCUUGAGACAGGUUCUCUUGCUGUCGCAAUUAUAGUGACAUCGUUCACUUUACAGGAUGGUACUUCUCACUACAUGAAAGGCCUUGUUCUCUUAUUUUGCUACUUUGUUAUUGCUGCUUGCUUCUUUGUACAAAGAAUUCCCAAUGACCCAAAUGAUGUUCAUAACAUCACUCUUAAAACUGUCACUGAUUCAGUUUUAAGUGCCUAAUAGGGUUUGGCCUAUUUUGGUUCCUUCCAUAAAUGAAGGAUGGUAGCAUAUAUUCAAACUCAAAUGCAGAUUCAAUACAUUGGUUAUUGGUUCAUUUCAAUCAUUUUGUCACAUCCAGAUAGGAGGGAAGAAAAUGUUUGUAGUGGCUUUGGGAAUUUUAUUGCGUGCUUUGUGAAUAGGCCUCUAAGAUUUUAAAUCAUAUAUUUUGUUUCCUAUUUGUAUAGGAUUCAAGGGAUUGUUUUUUAUCGUGCAUUUUAUUGGGUCUAUCAAAUAAAUGGAAUUUGUUUUCAUCA